CACUGGCCAACAGAGAGAUGUGGUGGCAGCUUAGAGCCCUCUGGGGCACCAGUACGCACAAGGGAGCCAUUUCAGGCAUGGCGUACUCCAGCUGGAAUGUCAUUGAGUAAGCUACACUGAACAUCUGCCUAAGAUGUUCCUUCUCCGUAGCCCCCAGAUGCUGCAGACUCUGGAGAGAGCCUUGAGGAUGGACAUUCCUGAGUCUUUAAAGAUUUAUGGGACCGUCUUCCAUAUGAACCACGGGAAUCCAUUCAAGCUGGAGGCAUUGGUGGACAGGUGGCCAAAUUUUAAAACUGUCAUCGUCCGACCUCGAGAGCAGGACAUGACAGAUGAUUUAGAUCCCUAUACCAAUGCCUACCAAGUUUAUUCCAAGGAUCUCCAGAAUUGUCAGGAAAUCCUCAAGUCUUCAGAUGUCAUCAACUGGAAGCAGCAUCUGCAGAUUCAAGGUUUACAGUAUGGCUUAAACGAGGUGAUAAAUAAUGUUGCAGAGGAAAAAUCAGUCCAGGUCAAGGCAACAAAUCGAUAUCUCUAUUUGAUUUCUGAAACAAUGAGGAGACAUGCGCCUUCUCAGCAAAAUGUGGAUAAAUCACUGAAGACUGAGAAACCAAAAAGAGAUUUCAACAGAGAGAUGUUUAAGAUGUCCUCGCUGGAUGUUGAGCAUGCCUCAUUAGUGAACAACCUCUGGAGCUUUGGAGGAAACCAGAAGAGCCUGAAGUUCAUCCAACGUUGCAUCCAGCACUUCCCCAGCUACUGCAUUCUGGGGCCAGAGGGGACUCCAGUGUCCUGGGACCUAAUGGACCAGACUGGAGAAAUGAGAAUGGCAGGAACCCUGCCUGAGUAUCGAAGGUUGGGCCUGAUCUCCCAUAUCCUCUACCAGCAGAUCCAGGAUAUGGACAAACUGGGCUAUCCUAUAUACUGCCACGUUGCUAGGGACAAUCAAGACAUGCAGCGGAUAGGCGAGAAAAUGAAAAAGAUAAUUGCACCCUGCAGCUGGCUACAGUGGAACUGUGAGCCCCUUGGGGCCUCUGCUGUCAAGGAGAGUGAAAGCCAGAGCAGAGGCUCAGGCUCCUCCUGAGCAGGGCACAGGCUCCUUCUCCAGGAGAAUAUGGGAAGGUGUUUGGAUGGAGUGUUACGUAUUUUUAACCGACAGGCCUCUCACUGUAGAGCAUCAAACUUAAGCCAACACAUUGAUUUCUUUGCAUAAAUCUUACCAUGAUAACAAGA